AGAAGAAGGCAGGAGGAAAAAAGAAGAAGCCGAAGAAGAAGACGACCGUCGUUAAGCGAAACAUCAUCAUGGUCGGCGCGCAGGAGGCGCCCAUCGGGCCGCUGAUGGCGGAAUCGGACAGGGCGAAGAUCAAGACGGGUCACGAGAAGUCAAAGAACAAGGAGAGCAACGGAGAUAUUGCGGAUUCCGAGCCAGAAUCCGACUCCGGAUCCGAUUCCGUUUCUACCAAGGAGACGCAUCACGACAAGGACGGCAGCGAGGGGGAGGCUGAGGACGACGACUGGAACAGCUUCAACCUGAAGAAGCGCAAGGAGACGUUGGAGACGAAGUCGCGAUGCUCACACAGCGUGCACUGUCCGCACUUCCCUGAGGACAAGCAGGAGUGGUGGUGGCUGUACGUGGCGAACCGGCGGCACCGACCCCUACCCGCCCGCCCCCAUAUUAACCACCUCCCCCUCUCUCUCCCUCUAAUUUUAAAUACCAUACUAAUUAUACUCUUAUGA